AUGAUCGCUUCUAACAGAGAUGCUUGUAGUACACAAUAUGGAAGCGAGGCAACGAUAUUGUUAGAACGUCUUAGCCGAUUAGACAUCACUGCUGCCGAAUCUAUCCUGGCCUAUUACAGCUUCGAAAGCAAUUAUCUCAAUCCGGAAAACAUGAAACGGACGCUCGAAAAUGCUAAACAAUUAGUACGAGAUUCGAAAAGACGCAUGCGUAGUUAUGCUAGAUACUGGGAACACACAAGUUGCCCGCCCCUGAAUGUCACUAAUCUUUCCCAAACCGGAUGUGGGGCUUUUCUGAGUUUCGAAGGCAUGAAAGUGAAACUGUCUUGCGAUGGUGGCAGGGCAGCAGUGCCGAAGAGCAUUGAAUGCGUCAAUGUGAAUGGUAACUUGCAAUGGAGCGCCACACCCAAGUGUGAAGCGAGUUGGUCCAGGUGGUCUAAGUGGAGUGCUUGCGCUUCCACUUGUGGUAAUGCUACCCAGUCUCGAAGACGGAGAUGUCUGGGACAAUCUGACAGUGAAAAAUGCAAAGGGCCGUCAAAACAGGUACGAAAAUGUUUCGUCGAAGAUUGUUGCCAGGAGAAAUACGGCAAAUUUAAAUGUAACAACAAUAAAUGCAUUUCCCUUUCUCGGGUUUGCGAUGGAAAUGAUGACUGUCUUGAUGCAGCAGACGAGUCGAAAAGUCGUUGCAAAUAUCUUCGCUCCGGUGACAGAAUCGCCCUACGCAACAUGGCUUACUCUCAGGAGUGGCUCAGCGUGCAGUACACUGACGCUGUUCAAGCCAGUUUAUAUUACGGCCGGGCUUACCUGAACCAUUGCAUUAAAGGAGACCACGUGACUUCCAGUGAAUGGAAUUCUUGUGCCGGUCAGUCAUUGCUUAUUUAUGGAAAUUACCAAAACGGGAAAAAAGGAAAAGCCAUCAGAUUCGGUGAUAAAAUCGCUAUGUAUUACCGUAAAACGAACUAUCAUUAUCGCUGGUUCAUUUGUUACCCAACUUACUGUAUGACUUAUACUUGUCCUAAAAAAGCUGGAUCAUUUACUUUUGGUCCCAACGGAGGCUGUGACGAGUACGAAUUUUACAUUAUUAACUAUAACGAUAAACUAUCGAGGGAACCAGUAAAGGCUGGAGAUGUAAUCACCAUUGCUAACAACAGAGGAUCUAUAAAAGGCAACGGCUAUAAUAGAAAUAUUAAUACAGAUGAUUGUACCGUGAAUCGAGCGCUGGACGAUAGAAUCGAAUGCAAUGCCAACGCUUGGCAAAUCUUUAUCAAAUAG